UGUUCUUCGUGCGAGUAAGGCAGCUCUACAGAGACAUCGACGUCAAAGAGAAAGUCUUUUAUAACUUAUUUCAAACAAAUAAGUUUUAGUUAUGAGUGCUAUUGCAGUUGUUAGUCAUUUGAGAGAUUUAGCAGCGGAUCCAAACAACAGGGCGACGAUAGUUAAGGAUCAAGGAUGUCUUUCUGGCCUUGUAUUAUUCCUUGACAAUGAAGAUAAAGAAGUGAUGCUGAAGGCGUUAGAGGCAUUGAAUUUCCUUGCUGAAUAUGCACCAAACCGUGCAGUUAUGAAAGAUGAAAUGGGAAUGUCUGUUAGUCUAAAGACCAUUAUCAAUAAUGAGGUACUAGACAUUCAGCUCCGUAAACUAGCCAAGCAAGUUUAUCACAAGAUCAUCCCACGCCCACAGAGCAAAGUUCCCUCCAAACCUGGAAAGAAGAGCAAUCCAUUCUUCCUUGGAACAUCAAACAAGAAAGCAAAAUUAGUGAUCUUACAAAUAAGAGGAUUGUCUACUGCGACAAGAAGGAUUUGUGAAGAAAAUAUGGUUCGCAAGAAAGGAGUGAUAAGCUUCACAUUUGAUAUGGGAAGAUCAAGAAUGAUAGUACGGUGUAAACAUGAUUUAACAGGAGAAUCACUAUGCGAGACCAUCAACCAGACUAAACUACUGUCAGCACAGCAAGUAGUCAAAAAUGAGAAAGGAGAGGAGACCAUGCUUUCAUUUGGAAUGGCACCUUCAUGCGGUGACAAAGGUAACAGCAGUCAACCCCUACCAGAUUAUCUCCCAGAAGAUGAUGACAUUCAAGAAACAUCAGAUAAGGCUGUUGCAAAACUUGACAAAGACAACAAAGAGAACAGUGGCUGGUUUUCAAGUGUUAGCACAUUUAUAAGCAACUCUCUCUACUGGUGAUUCAAGACAUACAUUAGACUGUAUAUAGCAAUUUCAGAGCCCAUAGAGCUUCCCAUGCCAAAUGGCAAUAAUGUAUAUAUUAAUUUGAACAUUAUUAGACUUGAUAGAGUGUAGUGACUGAUAUCAACUUUGGUCUACAUUUUAUUGAAUUCAGUGUCUAUACAACAUGUACUGUACUAUGUGUGUUGAGUAUGGCAAUAAUUGCAUCAUCAACAAAUUAGGGUUAACGAAUCAAUUGGCAUCUGUUGGUCCUUAAGUGCAUUUGCUUUGUUUGAAAACAACUUAAUUAACAGAGAAURUCCCCUUAGAGCAUUUAUUUAGGGAAAUUAAAUUGAUAUUAUACUUUAUAUCUUUAUUUUGAUCGCAGCUGUUUUAAUUUAGAUACCUAGCUAAUUUUAUUGUCACCUGAAAUUAACAUUGUAAAUAUUAUUACCUUCAUUGGAAAUACAGUUUUGUUU